AGAAGCAGUGCAAUGCUGGAGAAGCACAGUCGGGUAUAUGAAACCAACUAGUCUCUAUCUAGUCUGAGGUAGCUCUGGAAUAUUGAUCUCAUGUUCGUGCGACCUGCACUUUACAUUCGACUAUUUAUAAAAACUAUUUCUAAUUAUUAAUCAGGCACAAACGUAUCCGAGAAACCGUCUUACUUCUUCGACUUCCUCUUUAAAUUGGGACAGACGGAAAAGGUAUAGGCAUGGGCCAGUCUUCAGAAAAGAUUCAAUCUUGGGUGAUAGCUGGCACAGCUGCUAUUUGCUAUUACACAUCUUUGGGUUGUGAACUGGUUUUUGACGAUAUAGCUGCUAUUCGCGACAACAGAGAUAUUCGACCUCACACACCUAUUACAAAUGUGUUUUUCAACGAUUUUUGGGGUACUCCUUUACAUAAGGAACAAAGUCACAAAUCGUACCGUCCACUGUGUAUUUUAACGUUUCGUUUGAACUACACCGUCCAUGGACUGCAACCUUUUGGUUAUCACCUGGUGAACGUCACGUUGCAUACAGUCGUCUGUCUAUUAUAUUACAGGGUGUGCCUGCUAUUUCUUCCUUUGCUGACGAGUUUCGUGGCAGCCAUGCUGUUUGCCGUCCACCCGAUUCACACGGAAGCCGUGACAGGCGUUGUUGGUCGAGCGGAAUUAUUAUCAGCUUUGUUCUACUUGUGUGCCUUUCUUCUGUACACUUCCAGGAAGCACUGUACGGCCACAGAAGAUUGGAGAAGAUGCUUGGGUACAACUUUCCUGGCAGCGUGUGGCAUGUUGUGCAAAGAACAAGCUUUGAUUGUCAUGGCUUUAUGUUGCGUCUACGAAAUAGCUAAUGCUAGACCGUCGGAAGUUGUCCAAACAGCUCGAUAUCUCCUUUUGGGAAAAGGUUUCGUGUCUCCAUGGAUACGAGAAGCAGUCCUGAGGAUCACCUUUCUGCUCACAGCAACUAUAGUCAUAUUGUAUCUUCGUGUCAGAAUAACAGGACCUCAUUUUCCCGUUUUCAAUAGAUUCGAUAAUCCUGCAUCGGUGGCAAGUACACCUACGAGACAACUGACUUAUAAUUAUCUUCUUUCUAUUAACGCUUGGCUUCUCUUAUUUCCUUGUGAUUUAUGUUGUGAUUGGAGUAUGGGGACCGUACCUCUCGUCACUACUUUCACGGAUUUUAGGAAUUUGUCAACAUUAGCACUUUAUCUAACAUUUUUUAUUUUACUUCGGACGGCUUACAACGCCGUCGAACCUCAUCGCAGAACUAUUUUAAUGAGCCUGUCAAUGUUGGUGCUUCCUUUCCUGCCUGCUUCUAACUUGCUUUUUCCUGUGGGUUUCGUCGUUGCAGAACGAGUUUUGUAUCUACCCAGCAUGGGUUUCUGCAUGCUAGUGGCUUUCGGCUGGUCUUUACUUUGGGCUAAGUGGAAAACGGAAGUGACUCUCUUUUCUUCCGCAUUGCGUGUUAAUACCAGGAAUGCCAAGUUAUAUAACAACAUGGGUCAAGCACUAGAAAGGCUUCAUAGGAAAGACGAAGCUCUUCGUUGGUAUAAAGAAGCCACGAGAAUACAGCCAAAUGAUGUUAGAGGAUACCUAAAUUCGGGUCGUAUAUUUACUUUACUUAGAAGAUAUCACGAAGCCGAGGACGCUUAUCUGCAGGCAAAAGCCCUUCUUCCACCACCCGAAAGAGAAGUAAGAGAAGUACAUGUCACUCCUAGUCAUCUUCAAGUAUUUCUUAAUUUAGCAUCACUCAUAGCUCAGAAUCAUAGCAGAUUAGAAGAAGCCGAUGCGUUGUAUCGACACGCCAUCCGGUUAAGAGCGGAUUACAGUGAUGCUUACCUAAACAGAGGAGAUGUUUUGCUCCGAAUGAACAGAACCAAAGAAGCGGAAGCCAUGUACGAAAGAGCCAUAGAAUUAGAUGGUACUAACCCGGAUCUUUACUAUAACUUGGGAGUCGUACUGAUGGACCAAGGACGCAACGUGGAAGCCUUACAACUAUUCAACAAGGCAUUAGAUAUAGACCCGGAGCAUGAGAAAGCUCUUAUGAAUUCUGCAGUUUUAAUACAAGAAGCGGGAAUCACCAGUCAAAGUCAAAUAGCUACAGACAGAUUAUUAAAAAUGGUGACUCAGGGAAAACAGAACGAACGCGUUUAUUUCAAUUUAGGAAUGUUAGCUCUGAAAAGCAAAGAUUUCAACACUGCUGAGAAUUGCUUGAGAAGAGCUAUUCAGAUUAAGCCAGAUUUAAGAAGUGCACUCUUCAAUAUGGCAUUUCUUCUUUCUGAACUUCAGCGUCCUCUCGAAGCGGUUCCUUAUCUCCACCAGCUCUUACAGUAUCAUCCAAAUCAUAUCAAAGGUCUCGUACUGUUAGGAGAUAUUUACGUAAAUCACGUAAGAAACUUAGAUGCGGCAGAGCAGUGUUACAGAAAAAUUUUGGCAAUUGAUCCACACAACGUUCAGGGUCUACACAAUUUAUGUGUCAUCCACGUAGAAAAAGGAGAACUUCAAGAUGCGGAGAGAUGUUUUCUUCACGCAGCUACGUUAUAUCCUAGAGUCGAUUAUAUACAACGGCACCUUCAAGAAACGAGAAACUUAUUACAAAGAUAUAGUCAGCAUUUUGAUCCGAAUAUAAGACUAAAUCGCGAUCCUACUAUGUUACAGCAACUAUCUUCCUCUUCAGAAACUAUAAGGAGGUUUUAGUAAUAUCGCACCUAACAGGGUACAAGAGCCAAUGAUUGGUUCGUUUUCUCUCCCUAUUCUUUUUUUCCGACAGCCCUUAAAGCAACACGUGCCUAAGACUGCUAAUUCCACUGUGCACAUUGGAUUGGUCUGUUGUCUUCGGAAUGUGAACAGUUCGCGAGGAAAGAAAUGCUCGCCACUUCUUUCGUCUAAUCAAAGUGGACGAUGAUAACCAAACAACUAAACGCUUUGUUAUUAAACGUACAUUUAUCCAUUCAAUGUCGUUAGUGUUCCUAGUAAUUCGCUAACAUCAGGAGAAGUACCCAAAAUGCGGGUGCAACAGUGCCUGGAGUCUCGAGCCUGCUAUUUCACUUCAACACUGUACUACCGGCUGUGAUUACAGUGCCUGAAUGGGUAUAUCAUUAACUUUUAUAGAAAUUACACUUCUCUGAAGAUGUGGAGCAUGAAGAGGAACCGAUUUCAGUUUAUAUUGAUACCAACCAAACAGUGGAUGAAGAACUCUCCCUAUACUUGUCCUCUCUCUAUUAUAGAACGCUUGAAAGGAUUUAGGAUAUAGGGAGCAGAAACGACUUUAAGAUAUUUAAUACUAUUUUAAAAUCUGCUAAAUGGUGCCAAAAUAUCUAUUUUACUUGGGUUGUAAUAUGUAAUAAAACUAAACUGAUAUUUAGACGGGAAUGUGUGCAAAAUUUGUACCUGUACUAUGCUGCAUAUAUUUCAUAACUUGGGUUGGACGUCAUCGCUUCUUAGAAUAGUCUCCGGAAUAGAUAUAUGUUGUGACACGCAUUAUUCGAACUUCUUUCAUUCAAAGAGAUCAUAAUUGAAACUUUUUCUUCGUUUCUAGAUUACAGGAUCGUAGCGUGACCGUUGUAUACACGCCGACCAUUGAUUGACAUAGAGCUUCUUCAUGCCCAAGUUAUGCAUGUAUUGUCACAUUUAUUUCUUUCGAUGCUUUAAAUACGUUAUUAUCUAAAUAAUGAUUAUAACAAAGGCUCACAAUAUGAUGUAAAAGUUCGAAUCAACCAGCAGUUGUCGUCUGUCUUUUCUAUCGUCAUGUAUGGUUAUCAUAUCAAAUUUUGGGUCUACAAUUUUUCCAUGUCAUAACCAUGCCAAUUUUGUACAUCAUAACUCGUAGUUCUCUAAUAAAUGCAAAGCUGUGCUUUUGGUUGUUGGCUUUUGUCCACUUUUUAAAUCCAUAGCAAAUUACUUUCUUGACACGCGGCGCCCUCUCGUAUCAAUUUUGGCAAUUGUUGCCCCCUUCAUCUCUAAAAAUCAUGAAUAUUUAGUAUCGAGUUGACAGCUACGCGUAACCGUCGCCAGUAAAU